AUGGCUAUGGCUCUGGACACAGCGUGGGCCAGGGUGAAGAACGUCUGCAAGCAGAACGGGCUCCUCAUCCUCUCCGUGCUCGCCGUCAUCAUCGGAUGCCUACUGGGAUUCUUCCUCCGAGCAAGACACCUCUCAGAGCAGGAGGUGAAGUACUUUCAGUUCCCUGGAGAGCUGCUGAUGAGGAUGUUGAAAAUGCUCAUUCUGCCACUCGUCGUGUCCAGUUUGAUGUCGGGGCUCGCCGCCCUGGAUGCCAAGUGCUCGAGCCGGCUAGGCAUCAUGACCAUCUCGUACUACCUGUGGACCACCUUUGUGGCGGUUGUGGUGGGCAUCGUCAUGGUGUCCAUCAUCCAUCCGGGCGGAGCUGCCCAGAAAGAGGACUCGCAAGACAGCGGCAAGCCAAUCAUGAGCUCGGCUGACGCCCUGCUCGACCUCAUCCGCAAUAUGUUUCCUGCCAACUUGGUCCAAGCCACUUUUCAGCAGUAUCGGACGAGGAGCAUCCCAAUCAUGAAGUCGCCCAAACCCACUGUCAGCCAGGACCUUACAGAGCCCACCACUCGGCGUGUCUUCGUCUACGGUAUCCAGGAUGACAAUGGCUCCGAUAUCCAGAACUUUUCCCUGGACCUUACCCCGCCGCCUGACGUCAUCUUCCGCACCCUGCCCGGCACCAGCGAAGGCAUGAAUGUUCUGGGCAUUGUCAUCUUCUCCGCCACUAUGGGGAUAAUGCUUGGUAGGAUGGGACCAAAUGGAACUGCCUUGGUCAACUUUUGCCAGAGUUUAAAUGAGGCUGUCCUGAAGAUCGUUGCCAUUGUUAUCUGGUACUUCCCAUUUGGCAUCGUGUUUCUGGUGGCAGGGAAGAUCCUGGAGAUGGAUGACCCCUCCUCAAUGGGGAAGAAGCUGGGGUUCUACGCCAUCACUGUGGUACUGGGCCUGGUACUGCAUGGCCUCUUCAUCCUGCCCGCCAUGUACUUCUUCAUUACCAAGAAGAGCCCCAUUGUCUACAUCCGUGGCAUCCUGCAAGCCCUACUCAUCUCAUUGGCCACCUCCUCCAGCUCUGCCACACUGCCUAUCACCUUCAAGUGCCUGCUGGAGAACAAUCACAUUGACCGGCGCAUCAUCCGUUUUGUCCUGCCCGUUGGCGCCACCAUCAACAUGGAUGGCACGGCGCUCUAUGAGGCAGUGGCCGCCAUCUUCAUAGCUCAAGUCAACAACUAUGAGCUGGACUUUGGACAGAUCAUCACCAUCAGUAUAACAGCCACUGCAGCCAGCAUCGGGGCAGCAGGAAUUCCACAGGCUGGCCUGGUUACCAUGGUGAUUGUGUUAACAUCUGUUGGAUUGCCCACUGAUGACAUCACACUUAUUAUUGCCGUGGAUUGGGCUCUAGACAGGUUCAGGACCAUGGUGAACGUGAUGGGGGACGCUCUGGCCACAGGCAUCAUGGCGCACAUCUGCAGAAAAGACUUUGUGAAGGAAGGAGAAGAGAUUCCCCUUAUCUGUGAGACCAAGCCCAUGAUCAGCAUCCAGCAGAUGAUGACCUACCAGAAGAACGGCUGCUACCAGCCCCCAGCCACCGGCGGGAGACUGGAUCACAUCCCCCCUGAGGUGGCCCGGCUGAUCCAGCUGGAGGAGGGGAUGCGACCAGCGGAGAAGAAGAAGCCCCCCCCACCUCACAAGAGGAGGGAGAAGGACAAAGACCACUGCUCCAUCGACAUGAACGGCCUGGAGACCAACGUAUAG